AUGUGUCUGCGCAUCGGUGGCCUGAAUGUGGACGAGUUCCGGAAGGUGCUGAUGAAGACAGGUCUGGUGCUGGUAGUGCUGGGUCACGUGAGCUUCAUCGCAGCCGCCGUGCUCCACGGCACCAUGCUGCGCUUCGUCGCCGCCGCCACCAGUGACGCUGUGGUUCUACAGUACUGCGUGGUAGACAUCCUCUCCGUCACCUCUGCCAUUGUGGUCACCAUUGCGGGAAUUUCAGCCGUCGUCCUGUCACGCUAUCUCCCCAGCACCCCCUUGCGCUGGACCGUGUUUAGCUUGUGUGUGGCCUGUGCCCUUCUCUCUCUGACCUGUGCCCUCGGACUCCUGGCUUCCAUUGCUGUGACCUUCGCCACCAAGGGCAAGGCACUCUUGGCAGCCUGUACUUUUGAGAACCCUGAACUCCCAACGCUGGCACCUGACUGUCCUUUUGACCCUACUCGAAUUUACAGCUCUAGCCUGUGCCUCUGGGCCAUCUCCCUCAUAUUCUGUCUGGCGGAGAGCGUGUCUGCCGUGCGCUGUGCCCAGCUUGUGCAUCGACUACUGGAACUGAGACCCUGGUGGGGGAAAAGCUGCCACCACACGAUACACGCAAGCCCAGAGCCCCUGGACGGCCAUGACCUACUGGGCUGCGGCUCUUGCGGCUGA